AGGAAAAAGGGGUGGAUGUAACCGGUGUCGGUGAUGAAACCCUAUCCGUCCGUGAUUUUCCAAACAUAUCCGCAGGACGCUUUUCGUUUUUAAUACUCGUGGUGCAUAGACUUCACAUUGGAAAACAAACAAACAAACAAACAAACAAAGGUGCGCAUGCGCUGAGGGACAGAGCGGCAGCAUCAGCACCAAAGUGCAGCAUCUUCUUCCCAACCCCAGUUCAUCUUUCAGCUUCCUGCUUUGGAGAAAUUUCAUCCUGUCUGUAGAGAAUGAGUGACGAGGAGAACCCGGCAGCUGAACCCGUACAGGUCCUGGAUGUGCAGGGUGACGGACGCUGGAUGUCACAGCACAACCGCUUCUUGCAGGAGUGUAAGGACGCCGAACCUGACGUGCUGUUUGUAGGAGACUCCAUGGUUCAGCUGAUGCAGCAAUAUGAGGUGUGGCGGGAGCUCUUCUCUCCGCUCCAUGCGCUCAACUUCGGGAUCGGCGGAGACACGACGUGCAAUGUCCUGUGGAGGCUGCAGAACGGAGAACUGGAGAACAUCAGGCCACGGGUGGUGGUGCUGUGGGUCGGAACCAAUAAUCACGAACACACGGCGGAGCAGGUUGCAGGGGGAAUCGUGACCAUCGUGCAGCUGCUCAUCUCACGCCUCCCUAAAGCCAAGAUCGUCGUCCUGGGUCUGUUACCCAGAGGCGAGUUCCCGAACCAUCUGCGAGAGAAGAACGUGGCCGUAAACACUUACCUGCGCUGCGCCCUCCCCGGCCUCGGACCCGUGCAGUUUCUGGAUGUGGGCGCCGGCUUUGUGCACUCCGACGGCACCAUUUCCUGCCGGGACAUGUUCGACUUCCUGCACCUGACGGCCGGCGGGUACGGUGCCAUCGCUGCUCCCCUGCACGAGCUGCUGCUCCAGCUGUUGGAAGAGACGCCGCAGGAGAGACGGGCCUCUCUCGUGUGACGGGAGGCGACCGGACCACGGCGACGUUCGGAGAGGCAGAGUUCAGGAAUCCACCUUGCUCUCUGGCUGGAACACAUACACCAUUACAUAAUAUAUGGAGAGUGUGUGAGUGUGUGAGUGUGUGAGAGAGAAAGAGUCAUAAAUGUUGGCGGCAAAAUGUGAAAAAAGUGAGAAAUUUCUUUGCUAAUUCUCAGAAAUGUGUUUUAAAUGCUUUUUUUGUGUGUGUGUAAUGUGCUUUAAUUUAUUUAAGUCAUUCUGGAGUCUGUGGCAAAGUCCUCACAAAUAUAAAUAAAUAAAUAUAUAUAUAUAUAUAUAUAUAUAUAUAUAUAUAUAUAUAUAUAUAUAUAUAUAUAUAUAUAUAAUAUAUAUAUAUACACUACACUGAGCAUUGUGUGUGUGUGUGUGUGUGUGUGUGUGUGCUGCCAUGCGUUUAGUAUAGCACUAAUACUGCCAGCUUCUUACACACACGCUUCUGGGAGGAUCUAUUCAGUAUACAAUGAAGACGAAUACUAUAUUUUAAAUCACACACACACACACACACACACACACACACGUAUUCCAUAUCUACAAGAAAAUCUAAUGAACCCAAUAACUAAUGUAUCCCCAGAUCAUUCCAACACUUUUCUAUUAAUAAAAUGUCUAAAUCGUUAUGUACAGAUUAGCAUGAAAGCUAUGUUAGCGUCCACUUCCUUUUCAACUUUACGAUUACUAACUGAUAAUUGAGAGCUGUUCAAAAUGGCCACCCUAAUAAUGUCCCAUAGUUAAGCUACAUGGACAAUUUUUAAAACCAUAUUCAUGAAUGAGAGUAAGCAGUGCGUGCUACACCUUGUCAGCUAGCAGAAGUUUAGCUCCAUUAGCCAUAUUUGAAUGACUGAAUACAUGUAUCCCUCUCUAUAUUUCUAUCUCUCUAUCUGUGUGUGUGUGUGUGUGUGUGUGUGUUAUAUACAGAAACAGAAUCCAUCUAUCUUAAAGUAUAUAUAAAAAAAAACUCUGGACAUGUACAGUGCAUGAACUCUGUGUGUGUGUGUGUGUGUGUGUGUGUGUGUGUGUGUGUGUAUAGUCCAUCAUUUACUCCCUAUAUAUUUCCAGUCAAAGAAACACCCCACGUCUGUUUUUGUGUGUAUAUACCAUGUGCUAAUGUCAGUCACAGAGUGUUAGCUUAGCCGCACUGCCACGCGACAAAGAUUGUAUGAAACUUUCCAUUAAAGAAAAAAGGAAUGUCAA